CGCGCGCACGAGAAUGAAGCCGCGUGUAGAAAACAGUCGGUAAAACGAUGCCAACAAUACAAGACGUAGUAGAAAUUGCUAUCCUGUUUCUCGAACUAAUCGUCAGUUUAGAAAAAGAAAUUUAAUUGUCUAAUCGAUUAUAAAUUAACUUUAUCUUAUUAUUGUAAACCCGACUCAUACCUACUUACUUAUAUACAUAUACAUAAGUUGAACCGGGUAUAUACUACGUUUUGGCGGUUCACUAGUUGCACGCGGUAUACGAAAGGGUGGCAGAAAGAAAGAGAGAGAAAGAGAGUAGGUGGUUGUACUAACACGAACUUUUUAAGGUGGCGGGCAAGAGUGAAGUGAAAAACGUGAAAUGGAAUUGCACACGCCGAAGCGUGAGACGCGUCUAUUGACAGAAGCGUUGCCGUGCAGUCCGCCAAUGUGCGAUAGCAUGCUUUAUCCGUGGAACUGGGGCGACGAGGCGAGAAAUGUGAAUCUUAGUCCGGGUAGCUCGUGCUCGUCGCCGGAAUACAGGGAGCAUAGUGUGGUGGCCACGCGAAACGGGCCUCGGUCACGUUCAGGAGGCUCUGAGAGUCAUCGUCGUGGUCGACCAAGAGCCGAUGCCCUUUCCAAUCUUAUGAUGCAAGGAAGCACCUCACCGAGCAGUAUAAAAUGUACUUAUUGUAGCCGUGUAUUCCCUAGAGAAAAAAGCCUCCAAGCACAUUUGCGUACUCACACAGGGGAACGUCCAUAUCCAUGUGAUUAUCCUGGAUGUACAAAAGCCUUUACGCAAUCAGGGCAAUUAAAGACCCACCAACGGCUGCACACAGGAGAGAAACCUUUUUUAUGUACAGAACCAGGCUGUGAAAUGAGAUUUACGCAUGCCAAUAGGCAUUGUCCAGAUCAUCCAUAUGCUACUCUCACACGAUCUGAUGAUUUUGUAUUAAAACCAGUAUCGGAAAAUACUGAAUUACCUCAUGAUGUUACUAGAUGGCUAGAACGUUAUAAAAUGUCCAGGGAAAGGGAGGAUAGAACACCUACAGGAAAGAAUGAACGUAAGAAAAAGACAUGGAAGAGUAGCUCAGAGAAUCACAAAAGGGUUAAGUCUAGAAAAGGUCUGAUGAUGGAUGCAACAGGAGAGCAAGAAAAUCUAGAUUGCAAGCAAUCUAAUCAAAGAUUAUAUUGUGGAGAGAGUCAAGACAGUCAAGAAGAAAGUCAAGAUGAAGAUCCAGCAGUAUUACAAACAUCUGAAGAUGAAGAAAUAUCAACAAAGUUAGCAAUUACUCCCUUAAGAAGACCAUUAGAUAGAUUGCAGCCAAAGAAAAGAUGGUUACGCGAAGCUUGUUUAGAACAGCAACUAGCCAAACCUUUAAAUUGGGACACUAAACCUAUCAAUGUACCUAUAACUACUUCGUUUAAAAUUAAUGGUAACCAAAUGCAGUGGAGCUCACCUGUUGAUAAUUCAUCUGCCUUGUUAGAUAAUUCAUGUUUAAAUGCAUGUAAAGAAAUUGAACUUGCAAAGUCAGAAGUAGAUUCUCCUUAUACAUCUACACAAAUACCUUGGGAUGGAGCUACUGAAAAUGAAUCUCUAGAACCAUCUGUAAAAGAAGAACCAAAAUAUGUAUUUGAAACAUCAAAUACAUUAUCUCAAAACAUUUGGAAUUCUCCACAGCAUCAUAUGAACAAUUUUUCGAAUAACACAAACCAAAUGAAAACCAAUAUUAACCAUUCUGUUUCUAAGUUUGAACCUUCCAAAAGUCCGAAUCAUACGUAUUGGAACAAUAAUUUAAGAAACGAAACGACUGAAUCUCCAAUAAAUCAGACUAACGUGAAAAUUCGGGAUUUUGCUCAAAAAGAUAUUUCCAAACAAAAUACGUUUAUGAAUUCUCAUAUUAGCGAAAAUGUGACGAGACCAACUGUGUUAAUGUUGGCUGGAAGUUUCAAUAAUAAUAAUAACAACAAUAACAAUAACAACAAUAAAGAUACAAUUUCAAAAGUACCACCAAUUGAAUCUGAAACAGGAUUAAAAGUAGUUGUUCUUAAACAGGAGGAUAAUAUUAUCAAGUUACCAAUUCCAGAAGAUAGCCAGAAAUGGCUAGGAGCUUUAGCUUUGAUGGAAUUAGCUAAAAAUCAAGAAGAGACAGGGAGAGGUGUAAUAAUGCAACAAUUUAUUUAUUAUUAUCGGCCAUACCAUAUAACGAUACAAAAAUUUGUGUGAUACUUAGAAUAUUAAAAAAAUUUACAGAGGAAAAUUUUUUGUCGAAAAUAUUGGAUGAAGUUUGUAAAGUAUUUAAUUGGAAUAAAUAUAAUUAUUAUUUAUAAGAUGUUAUAAAAGAAAAGUAAU